CCGGUCAAUAAAGGGUUUUGGAUGUAUGAAUGGUUCAAAUCUCCAGAUCAACUUUCUAUCAAAACAAUGCCACAAAAGGAACAUUUCUAUUCCUUUCUGAAACAAUGCAAUGUUUUAGAAGAGGAUCAUUUACAAUAGCAAAAAAUAAUGGUUGUUUAGGCACUGAACCCGCCACUUUAGAUGAGAAUUAUAGCUAUAUGCUAGGGGUAUGGGAAAGCUUUCCAAGGGAAUCUAGAUCUAUUAGAAAUGACCCAAACUUUCCUUGUGAAUGCAGAUUUAAUGUCCAAAAGGCGGAAAAUAAUUUUCAAGUCAUAAAAACGAAGUUUUGA